CUGCCGUUUCUCUUGCCAGUCACUUGCUCCUGCACACUCGCCUUCACUUCACUCACCUCGACCAUACAAGUGAUACCGUGACACUUUAUAUUUGCGUACAUUGAUUUUGACUUUGCAUUAAAGAGAAAAAUAAUUGUACUAUAUUUAAAAAGAAAAAACUACUAAACGGCUACUAGGAGUGAUAUUUCGGGGAUAUUUUGGCAUUAUUGGUGAAGAUGGGAGCGGAGGGGCUUCGAGUAUGUGUCAGGAAAAGUGGGAGUGGGCGUGUAGCUAGCCCCAGUAUUACUAGUAAUGGGCUACAUCCUAAGAUACGAAAUGUUGACAAGAACCAUAAAGCUGCUAUCAAUAAGUCGAAACAGCAACAAGUUGAUAGAAGUAGGGUGAAAAUUGGAGAGCAAAGUGGUAGUACGGUUAAGAGUGGGGUGAUGCGAGGGACAGAUGUGAACAAAGGGUGGGUGGUGGCUGUGGUGGUUGGUAUUCACUUGGCCGUCCUCCUGCCGCUUCUGCUGCACUACACCCCCACGGGAAACAACGGCGUCUUCUACUACUAUUACAAUAGGCCGGGCGGUGAGAAGCACGAGUUCUGGUCCACUGAUGAGGGUGUGGUGGACCUGCCUAUCACCAACCACACUCACCUCACCCUCAUCAUCCACGGCUUCAGCGAGUCUUCACAUCGACCCUGGAUACGUCGGCUCUCAGAUGCACUACUAUCGGUGGGCAAAGAAGAGCGGGUGGUAGUGGUGGUGGACUACUGGGACCUGCACACCAUCAAUUACCUACAGAUGAGACACAAUGCUCGACAGGUGGCUUCCCUCAUCGCUCACCUCAUAGACACCCUGGUUGUGCACAAAAGCUUACAGCUGGCUCACACACACGUCAUCGGCUUCAGCAUGGGCGGGAGGAUCAGCGGUAUGGUGGGCUCCAAGCUGACCACGGGGCAGCUGGGCAGGAUCACAGCUCUGGACCCGUCAUACCCGAUCCUUCACCCAGUGGACCCGUCGGAGACGCUGGAUCAGAAUGACGCUCAGCUGGUGGUGGUGCUGAGGACGUCCCUUGUAGCUUACUACAACCCUCCUGGACACGUUGACUUCUACCCCAACGGUGGCAUUGUUCAGCCAGGAUGUGACGUUUGGUUCUACCCAGACAUUGUACAGCAGAGUUGUAGCCACUUCCGGGCGGUGAAGCUGGGAGUGGAGGCGGUGAGGAGGGGGCAACAACAGGUGUUCCCGUCCUGUGGCUGCGACAGCUGGGGCAGCUUCGCCAACAACUCUUGCGACUGUCUCCUCACCAGUAACUUUGACCUCACUACGUACUCCAGUGUCGGCGGCCCAUUCUAUUUGACAACCAAUUCGGACCCACCAUACACGAUACCAUUUGACUAACGUACAUGUGAACCCUGGAAAACAACGAGCGGUUCACAAACAAUGGCUUGUCGACCAAGUUAAGUUACUGAUAACAGAAACCUGAGAGAUGGAAGUAUUCGAUGGGCUGUGGAGACAAAAUCCAGUGUAUAUGGUAUUGGUGUGAUGUGUAAAUAAUUUAGAGGCAAUUUGAGUAAACCAGGAAAGACUAUGGUAACUAAAGGCUAGUUGGACCAAAACUUCCGCUAACACUAUACGGUUGUCAGGAUAGUUAUUGUCAUCUUUUAUUAAGUAUCUGUGUAAGGUAAAUUGCCAUGUUGCCUGGUUAGGGGCGUCUGUCCGUUUCAUUCAAUUUAAGGAGUCGCCUCAUCUUUUCAGUGUCAUGGGUGUCGAAUGAGUUCGAGUUAUUUAAUUUCAAGGGAGUUUCCAUGGGGACUGUAUAGUGAGUAUUCGAACCUGCAACGAGCUUGUGUGUGUGGGAGUUGUAUGGGUGUGUUGAGACUGGUAAGAGAGCUCAUGUCUGGGGUGCCAUCCACCUCCUCCAACCAGCACUCACUCCACACUUCUCAUGGUGGACGGACGGUUUCCUCCUCCCUCCUUAUACACUGUUUUUUGGGGUGGUGGUAGCCAGUUCACCGGUGUCCACUGAGCUCCAGAUUCUUGAAUCCUUCCACUUCUGUUGUGAGGCAGGACUUAUUUAGCAGAGCUCUCCGACAUUAUGCUAAAGGCCGAGAAUUCCCCAAUUCCAGUGAGAAGUGGUGACUGGAAGACCUACCAGGAGAGGUUCCGGUUUGCUGUUUGGCCGAAGGCUUGGCCCCGUCUUGCUUUUCCGAACUGGUACAAUCUGUUGGGAUAACCUCCCUGUUCGUCAGGCAACUAGAAGUCCUUGGCUGUGCGACCCUGCCCUCUGCUAGUGAUUCUACAGAACAUUUCCUAUUAUACCACACUCUUAUGUCUGGUGCUUGAAGUAGCUGGUACCUGGUGUUUGAUACCAGCCGCUGUAAUUCUAAAUUUAUGUGUACGCGUGACUGGGUUGGUUGUGGCCCAUAACCAACCCAGUCACGCCUCGCCCAUAACUUAUGGGUUAUGUAAUAUUUAUUUAUAGCUAUGUUUUGAUAAAAUAAACAAAAUUA